AAGUUCUAGUUUCGAUUUCAAGAAUUUUGACAUGGUAUCUCAUAUGGUUCACUCGAUCACCCCAACUAAUAGAAGUAUAGAACGCAAGUCAUUAUGGAUAAAAACUUUCUCGCCAAUCCUGCCCGAUACGGCUUGGGCUUUAUAGCCUUCAAUAAUCAACACUAGCUCGAAAAGCCUGCCUCUUUUGACCCGCCCCAACCAUCUAGAUGAUCCCCUCAAAAAUUCGCUCCAAAUUCUGGUAAUUGCAAAUUCCUCUACAAGAUAAUUCAAUUAACAAUGGAAGCCCUUGGAGUUCUUCCUCUUUGCUCUCCCAAAAUCUCACCCUCAAAUUUUGACAAAAGAUGCAGCACAAAGUUUUCUAGAACUGUACAAACGUUCAAGUUCAGUGGCCCUAGUUCUGGGCAACUCAUCCCAGUUCGCAAAACUAUGAAUUGGAAAGUAACCAGAAUGCAAGUAGUGGGAGAAGAGUAUGAAUUGAGGCAAAUGAAGGAUAUGGCGGCUGCAAGAAAAAGAUGGGGAAGCUUGGUGAGGGAGGGAAAAGUCAAACCUUUGACACCCAGGGAGGCUGGGUAUGCAAUCCAACUCACCAGCAAAACUCUACUUGAUGUUCGCCCAGCAUCAGAGCGCAACAAGGCAUGGGUUAAGGGCUCAGCCUGGAUACCCGUAUUUGACGUUGAUGACAAAUUUGAUGUUGGGACACUCUCAAAAAAGGCAACAAAUUUCAUGAUGGGAGGAUGGUGGAGUGGUGUGCCUACACUUUCCUAUAAUAGCCAGUUCUUAUCCAAAGUUGAGGAAAAAUUCCCAAAAGAUACAGAUCUUAUUGUUGCAUGCCAGAAGGGACUAAGAUCUUUAGCUGCUUGUGAGCUUCUUUGUAAUGCUGGCUACCAAAAUGUCUUCUGGAUUCAAGGAGGCCUAGAAGCAGCAGAAGAAGAGGAUCUUCAGAGGGAAGGUUCACAGCCUUUUAAAUUUGCUGGAAUUGGAGGCCUUUCUGAGUUUCUCGGUUGGACGGAUCAGCAAAGAGCUGCUGCAGCUAAAGAAGGAUGGCAGUAUCGAUUAGUUUUCUCUGCACGUAUGGUCGGACUGUUUCUUGCUGCAGAUGCAUUGUACAUUGCUGCUCAGCAAGUGGGUCGUUAUCUACAAGAAAUACGAUCGUAGUUAAUGUUUUUCUGCCAUUGCAAAGUUGAAGUCAUUCACUCCUUGCAUGUAGGAACUUGUUUUGGUUUGUAUAUAUGUAUGAACUUGCCAAAUCCAUCUUCUCUUAGUGUAAACGAGUUUCAUUUGUUCACUAAAUUUUUGUAGCGUGAGGGCAAUAAUCUAUGAAAUUUCGAUGAAGAUCCUCGUGAAUGUUGUAUGAAAUCUUAUAUAUAUUAUAUUUCAUAGUUUAAUACCUUCUUUUUACUUUUGGAUUCUGUUAUUCACAGUCCUAAGAAAUAUUGGGUAGCGGGCAUUGAAAUGUCUGAAAUAGUGAAAUACAGAACAAUGCAGAAUCAGCAAAUUUAGAAUGUAUAAAAAGUGUUGGCAGUUUUGGCACACUUCCUACUAUUUUAGGAUGAAAAUUUAAGCAGCUUAUUUAUUACAAGUACGAAGUAUUACUAUUUCUUUUUUAGUAUCGAAUUAUUAGGGCAUAUGCUCAAACCAAACUCACUCCCUAUUUGAGGGACACUCCAAAUUCGGGGGUCAAAGAGUUUAAAAACCAAAAUAUAACUAAAUACUCCAGUGUAAAACAUUAUUCAUGAAAUUGGGGAUUUUUUUUUUUUUUUUUUUUUUUUUUUUGGGGAAAUUGGGGAGGUUCUUGAGGUUUGAUGUUUUUAACUAGACUUUUUGCAUACCGAGUUGGAAUCUUGCACCAAGUAAUUUAGCCUUGAAAAAUAAUCCAAAGUCAAAAUUUAUGCCUAUCCUACACCAACAUCAACACUGUUAAUUAUACCAAUAUGGAGUACGAGUACAUUUUAUGUAAAAUUACUUUGAGGUCGUGGGAUUCCUUACUCUUAACAUUCAAGAGGUUUGUUUAAAUUUUGUUUAAAAAAAAAUAAAAAUAAAAAUAAAAAAA